CUUUCAGUUUGUGGCGAUAUCCAUGGACAAUUCUUUGACUUGAUGAAGCUGUUUGAAGUGGGAGGUUCUCCUGCCAACACACGAUACCUUUUUCUAGGGGACUAUGUUGACAGAGGAUACUUCAGUAUUGAAUGUGUGCUUUAUUUGUGGGCCUUGAAAAUUCUUUAUCCCAAAACACUGUUUUUACUGCGUGGGAAUCAUGAAUGUAGACAUUUAACAGAGUACUUCACAUUUAAACAAGAAUGUAAAAUAAAGUAUUCAGAACGUGUGUAUGAUGCCUGCAUGGAUGCCUUUGACUGCCUUCCCUUGGCUGCUCUGAUGAACCAACAGUUUCUAUGUGUGCAUGGUGGCCUGUCCCCUGAGAUCAAUACUUUAGAUGACAUCAGAAAAUUAGAUCGAUUCAAGGAACCACCUGCAUAUGGACCUAUGUGUGACAUCCUCUGGUCAGAUCCACUAGAGGACUUUGGAAAUGAGAAGACUCAGGAACAUUUCACUCACAACACAGUCAGAGGGUGUUCAUACUUCUACAGUUACCCUGCUGUAUGUGACUUCCUACAGCACAAUAACUUAUUAUCUAUACUCCGAGCUCAUGAAGCCCAAGAUGCUGGGUAUCGUAUGUAUAGGAAAAGCCAGACAACAGGCUUCCCAUCACUAAUUACAAUUUUUUCAGCACCAAACUAUCUAGAUGUAUACAAUAACAAAGCUGCAGUAUUGAAAUAUGAAAACAACGUUAUGAAUAUCAGACAAUUUAAUUGUUCUCCUCAUCCAUACUGGCUUCCAAAUUUUAUGGAUGUUUUCACUUGGUCUUUGCCGUUUGUGGGAGAAAAAGUAACAGAGAUGCUGGUCAACGUGCUGAACAUUUGCUCAGAUGAUGAACUUGGAACAGAGGAAGAUGGUUUUGAUGAAGAUCCUAUUUAUGCACAGAAGAAAGGAGCCACAGCUGCAGCUCGAAAAGAAGUUAUACGGAAUAAGAUCCGGGCAAUAGGGAAAAUGGCUCGAGUGUUCUCUGUACUGAGGGAAGAGAGUGAGAGUGUGCUGACACUGAAAGGGUUGACCCCAACAGGAAUGCUGCCCAGCGGGGUGCUGUCUGGAGGAAAACAAACUCUACAAAGCGCUACUGUUGAGGCUAUUGAGGCUGAUGAAGCUAUCAAAGGAUUCUCACCACAGCAUAAGAUCACAAGCUUUGAAGAAGCAAAAGGGCUGGACCGGAUCAAUGAGAGGAUGCCCCCGCGCAGGGAUGCCAUGCCUUCUGAUGCCAACCUGAAUUCCAUCAACAAGGGAAUCUCGUCAGAGACGAACGGCACCGACAGCAAUGGCAGUAACAGCAGCAAUAUUCAGUGACCCUUUCUGACUUGCAGGGAUAUUUUUUUUGUUUUUGAGCAGGGCACCGUGGGACUGCUGCUCAACAGCAGUUGGAUUUUCUUGCCUCUGACAGUAGCUUACCUGCUCUGGGGCCAGAUGUUGGAUUCAGUUUACAAUAUCAUCUAAGAAGAGAUAGUAAACUUUAUUGGGUGGGGUGGGGGUGGAGGUGUAACACCUCCUUGGACAUGCCUUUAAAAUGCUUGUAGAGAAAUAAAUGAAAGCUAAUGCUGGUCUAUAUUGCAAAGUUAGGGGAAUGAACAUGUUUUCCUAUUGCAUUGGAAACCUCUAGAUAUGUUAACUGAAAGGCCUUUUAUUAUUAUGUUACUGGACAUGACAACUUUGUCUGAUUUCUUACUAACUAUUGUACGUUUACAGUUGCAGCACUAUACAUGGACAACAUCCAAACCAUUUUUAACAGAGUGAUGUACAAACUAAAUAAGGAGACUAUUUAUUGAUAAUGUUUUGCUACUCUUGUCAGACAACGGCUAUCUAAAACAAAACAAAAAAAUAAUUAGGCAAUCUUUAAAAAAUAUAUAAAAGAAAAAAAGAAUGUUGCAAAUUUGUUAAAAAUGCCAAAAAAGACAAUUUAAUUUUGUAUACAUUAUGCUUACCUCAGGUUUCUUUAGUGUGCUUGAAUACCCUUCUUUAAUUAUAACAUUUACCUUAAUUAAUUUGGCAGUGAGAAAUCUUUUUCAUUUAUGUUUUUAAGGAAAAAAAACUGGAAUAACGAUAUCCUUUUUUUGUUUUCCUAGUUUCAGUUUAUAUUUAGGAUUAUUUUCUUUUUUUUCUUUACUUUUUUUUGGUAAAUCAAGUCUUGGUUGUGGCUUGCUGAAUUUAAAUAUUUAUGAGUGGUGCAUUUUUAAGUAUAGUGAACAAGACACCAUAUUAAGUGCAGUGAAAGCAUCUAUAUUCUGUAAAAAAUCUGCCUAUGCAUGUUUUUUAAGAAAAAAAAUUGGCUGUAUAGGCCUGUAUGGGACUGUAAUGCGCUUAGUGGUCUGACUUAUACUGGAAAUGUAUGUAUACUGGCGUACUUUAUAUUCUCUAAAAAAGAAAAUGCUAAUGCCUUUGAAAUUUUGUAAUCAAAAAAGCUUUGAAAAAAUCUAAGGGGGAGAGUAUUCUUAAAAGUUUUUAAUAUAAGCUUGUCAGUGCACAUAUAGAUGGUUAGCAUGUUUAGCAAACCUUGUGAAAUUUAAACUAAGUUUGUAGUUACACGUGAAACUAAAUGCAUGAGAACUGUUAACGUCAUGAUGAGUUAGUCAUUUUGUUACGUUCUGUCAUGUGCCACAAAAUGUGUGAUUUUUUUUUUCACUUUUUUUCCCUUUAUAUAUCAGUUACGGGUUACAACUGGUUCAGUCUUAAAGGAGGAAAAACCAACAAAACAGUCCACUGAUAUUUUUUAUCAAUUGUAUAAGUGCCCAAGUAAUUCACUACAGCCUACAGCCUUGCCUUUGUAAUUUGACUUAUGAAAUGUUGGCAAUCAAAGCAUGCACUUGUAACAAUGAAAAAAAAAGCAUUUUAUAUUACUACUCAAUAAAAAUGUGCAUGAACCUAGAA